AUGGAAUCAAAAUGUGCACUAGUUGAACAAAAAAGCAACCAAAAGGCAAUCGAUCAGUUGAGAUCUGCGAUUGAAAAAUUGAUUUUGACAUGCAUUGGUGAUCAGCUGGAGGAGGUACGCAGUUUGGCAUUCAAACGUCUUCAAGUCUUCUUUGAAAAGGCUCCUCUAUCUAUCUCUGCCGCUUUUUGUCUUCGUUGGAUUGAGGAGUUCAAAGCUGCGUUGAUCUUGGGUGAUCAAGGCGUCAUACCGAAUAUGGCAUGCAUCUGUUGUUGCAAUCUUGCCCUCCUAGCUAAACUUCACUUGGCUACUAUGUGA